AUGAGCGCCAGGGCCUCCCAAGCCGCGUCAUGGAUCGGAAGUGAUGACAAACUACUAACACAAACAGACGCUGCAAUGGACCACUUUCCAGGAACAUCGUGGGGGAAACCAAGAGACGACUCGAUCGAUCCAUAUGCCACUUUCCCAGUAAGCAGCGCCAAAAACUUGCCCAAACAAUCCUUCGGCGAUGGCGUCCAACAUACUCAACAACCCAUCGUCACCGGUACUUCCGUCCUCGGUAUCAAAUAUAAAGGAGGUGUGAUGCUUGCAGCUGAUAUGUUGGCUUCCUACGGUUCACUCGCUCGUUUCAAGGAUAUUCGACGAUUAGUGCCCGUUGGCGAGCACACUGUCAUUGGUGCUGGGGGAGAUCUCUCAGACUUUCAGUACAUCCAAAAAGUCCUCGAUGCCCGGAUGACGGAGGAGGUUUUAGCAGACGACGGUCACAUCCUCAAGACGCACCAAAUAUUCGAGUAUCUAGCUCGGAUCAUGUACAACCGACGAACGAAGGGCAAUCCGUUAUGGAACUCGUUUGUGGUUGGCGGAGUAGACCGAUCGACGAAAGAAAGCUUCCUGUCAUACGUUGAUUUGAUCGGCACCACUUAUUCCGCCCCCAGUAUUGCCACCGGCUAUGGUAGUUACAUCGCCCAACCUCUCUUGCGUAAGGUCUUGGACGACUUGCCCAACGGCCAUGCGGAUCUCGACGCGGAUCUCGCACGCAAAACUCUCGAGGAAUGCAUGAAAGUUCUCUUUUAUAGAGAUGCUAGAAGUUUGAAUAAGUUUCAAAUCGCCAACAUUACUAUCGAUGGAGUCGAAAUUUCCGAACCGAUCCAAGCUCCAACUGAAUGGGCAUUUGCCGAAGGACUUCGCGGUUACGGAGCACAAACACAAUAA